ACCAGUCCGCUUUUUAGCUUAGUACAUCCUUAACACACUGUAGAUGAGAUGCGCAUAGCCCACUACUGCUGUUGACUUGACUGGCUAAACCCACACAGCACAGGCAGGCACCGCCACUGUAUGGGGAGGAGGUGGAAAAGUGACACCCACGAAAAAGGCUGCAGGAUACACAGAAUGGAAAUCGACAUAGACGUUUUAUAUACCAAUGUAGGUGUUAGUGCAUGCCCAGUAGCAGUGUGUGUUGCCGUGCCCAGGGGGCGGGACUCUGGGGAAUGUGUCGUCGUCGUGGCGGCCAACAGGAAGUGAUGCACAGAGACCCCCGCCGCACGUUUGGCUUUCCGUCCGGGAACCCCACGCCACCGCCAACGCAGCAGCAGCAGCAGCAGCAGGAGCAGCAGCAGCAGGAGCAGCAGCAGCAGGAGCAGCAGCAGCAGGAGCAGCAGCGCUCUCCCUCCCAGAGCUAGGACAGGACAGUACAGGACAGGAGGACAGGACAGGACAGGACAGGACAGUACAGG